AUGAAGAGAAACAGGCCAAAUUCGUGCGGGGGAGCUGCCAGCAGUGUUCGGAGCUCCUUCAAACCCAAUAUACCGCCCCACAACCGUCGUGAUAGGUCGCAAGGAGGGGGUAACAAGACGGCAGCUGUUCCUGCUGUUGUUGCUGCUGCCAAGGUGGGACGCUCACGAUUCUUUAUGGUUCAAGAAGGGUUCAAAUCUGACAGGAUGGCUAGAGAACGCAAAAGAACGCUGGCUGAAGACUUGGCACUCUCCCUGCACUACAUGAAACACGAUCCCAAGGUGAGGUGCCUUCCUGAUCACGCCGCGGACCGAUUCAAUCUUCCCGUGGACCUCCUUGAAAAAUAUCUUAAGUACUCCUUCCACCCCAGCAACACGUUAGGACAAGAAUUCAAGCAGCUGAGAGAAUCACAACCCGUUCAACCUACCACAGCUGCCCUCAGACCCAGCAACGUCUCCAAGAACAGGUCCCCGGAUAUAGUGGCAGGUGACCAGUACCGGUGUGUGCUGCGGCCCGUGACACAGAGGACCCGGAGAGGGAAACCUGUAGAGGACAUCCUCCGUAGGGCACAGGUUGAGGACUACAUCAACGCCACUGUCAUCAACACUGGGUACCAUGAGUUCAUUGCGACGCCCCACCCCCAGCCUGCCACCGUCCAUGACUUCUGGCGCAUGGUGGUGCAGACCCGAGCCUCAGCCGUAGUCAUGUUUCAAGCAACCCGCGCUGAUCUCACGGAUUUCCCGAGAUAUUGGCCAGAGAUAGGGGAGGAGAGAGUCUUCUUAAGCAACACUACUCCCAUUGUGGUCACCCGCGCGCCCCCGGAACCCACGCAUUCCUCCCACACAGCAGCGAAAGAGGCAGAGGGCAUGGGAAAGGAGGACAGUAAAGUGGAGGAGAUGGACACGGCUGGCUAUGUGAAUUUACUGAAAAAAACUUGGGAGAAAGAGAAUGAGGACACGAGGAUUAGUGGAAAGAGAACAGGGGAGUGUGAGGGAGACGAAGAGCAGCAGCGCCUCCACGGACAUACAAAGAGGCCAUCAUCGAAGUGCGCCACAGGGAGGAGACGUGAGGCUGGAGAGGGGGCCGAGGAGUGUCGGGGAUAUCAGCUGGGGCAGGGAAGAAAGACAGAUGGAAGACGCGUGCGGGAGGCGAAUGAAGAAAAAUAUCAAAGACGGACGAGCAGAAAGGCGACCAUGAGAGAUGAAUUCAAGGAAGGCAAAGGCGGCGACCAGCGAUUCCAGGAGGGAGAGGUAGCGGUGAAGGACUGGGAAACGGAGGACAGUGGAAAGGUGGAGCAUUACCAGUGGAGGGAGGAGAAGGAGAGAUUAAUAGUGGAACAAGCACAGGAAAGUCCACAUUACUUCCUGAGUCGCUUGUAUUUGUGGGUGGGUGGCAGAAGCAGGGGCGGCAGGCGGCUGAUCCCUCAUUUUCACUUCCCCGGCGGGCUGCGGGACCCAGGCGCCGUGCUGCACCUCCUACAUGCUGUUCUCUACAAGCAGAGCGUCGUCUCAGGGCCAGUUGUUGUCCACUGCCCGGACGGCGCCGACCAGUCCGGGGUGUUCGUGGCCCUGGCGAGACUCGUGCAGCGGGAGGUCAACAGGCGGAGGGAGGAGGACGAGCAGGAGGAGGAGGAAGAGGAGAGGAAGAGAGAUAAGGAAGAGGAAGGAUCUAAGAUUACAAAUGGGGAGUCUUUGAACGUGUACGAAGCUGUGAGUCACGUUAGGCGGUACCUUCCUCACGCCGUUCGUCAAUUGACGAGUUAUAGGUUCGUGUACCAAUGCAUGCACACAUUCCUGACAUCCCCGCCGGACAUGUUUGGCUUCUGGGUUGUGAGACGCCCCCUGCUGGACGCCAGACUAACCGCCCUUCAUCCUUACUCCAUUAGGAGGCUUCUGAAGAGAGUACAGAAAGAAUACCCAAGCCUGCUCCAGUCCACAGAAGGUUACAAGCAGGACACAGAGGAAGGGAGUGACCUGCGUGUAACUCUCUUUCAGGAGGUGAUCAGGAGAGAGGAGAAGGAAAUGCGAGGAGGAAGUCGUGAGAAGAAUAGCCGCGAGAGGAAGGCUAGACGGAGGGAGGAGGGCUGGAUGUAGGGUGAGUGAAGGUGGAAGGUGCAUGUGGCCAAGGGAAUAAAGAGUUAGGGAGUGAGGGCGGAGAGGUAGUUAAGGAAAAAGAAAGAGGAGAGUGAGGACGGUGAGUAAAGUGCAA